AUGUCAGAGGAUUCUUUAAGACGCCAGAGUGAACAGUCAUCUAAAUCUGCUAGCCAGAUAUGUAUUGAUAUGCUGAGAGCUAUUGAUAGAUAUGGAAGAAAUUCUGAACACAAGGUCAACUAUUAUGACAUUUGGAACUUAAUGAAUAAGAAACUUCCUGCAAUGAACUUUUCAAUUUUUGGGGCCAAUACCAGCUACUCACCAAGUCUAAACGUAUUUGCUUGUGGUUUUAUGUUGCUAAUACAGCAAAAUAAGACGAAAAAUGCUGCUUCUUUUUGCUUGGAUAUCAUGAGUGGUAUCUCUGAAAAAAUUGAUGAGAUUCUUUAUACUCUUCUUAUCCGUGAUGAAGAAAUUGGUAGAGGCUGGCCUGUAGCAUAUAUGAUUACCAAUGAUAGAGCCAAAGUCUAUGCAAUUCAAACCACCUUUUCUACCACACAAAUCCAAUUUUGCAUAUUUCACGUAACUCAAGCAUGGAACAGAAAGCUCUCUGACUCUGUUAAGAUUUCUGGCUCUUUGCCAUCUGAGGCUCAUCUUCUUCUUAGUGAAAUGAUGAAAUCUCUUCAAGAGAUUGUGUAUGAAGAAGAUUUAGAUCAGUUUCAUCACAAACUUUACGAUAGAGUGAUGUCCAACAAUAGGGCAAUGAGUGCAUUUACAAGAGAACAAAGAAUAUGCGAGAUGGAAGCAGAAGAAGAUGAUGAUGAAAGAGAAGUAAGAAUUGUUGCUUCUGAUUCAGUAGAUAACAGCAGUUCUCCAUCUCUGAGAAAGCACAAAGAUAGACACCCAGAAAUUCUCAAACCUAUCAAGAGCAAUAUUUCUUCUGGCUGCUCUCUCCUCAAGGUUUCUAACCAGGAUGUUUCUCUGGUUAGGUGCAAGACUACCCCACAAUGGGCUGCAGUAACACUCCCGGCUGAGAGUACCCAACUGUUAGGUUGUCCUUGGGGGGAAGGGCGUGGAAUGGUGUUGCCACCAAUGACCGGCUGCAAAUGGUUCACAUCAGGAGGGUUACCUCAGACAGGCUGUUCAGUGGCGGCCUCACCGCCCUCAAACCUGGCCUCAAAUCUGGUCUCAAGCCGGGCAUAUGCUGUCUCCAGCAUCACCAGUCAAAGGUUUAAUUGCGCAAUGUUGAGCAAUGACAUUUUUAGAACUGUAAAGAAGAUGUAA